GUAUAAGGUGUCACAAACUCAAACUCGCAGUGCCUCACACGCUUCUGCUUUAACUUCCAAACUCGCAUCGAAGGCAGCUCUGUGGCAAGUGGCCCUAUCGCGCUUGACGUAGCCUCACAACGAAAAUAUCUUACUGUUACACGUAAGCUCUUGUCAGCACAACAGAUCUCUAGCUAUCAUAUCAUGGGUGGUAAGCAGAAGCUCCCGGAGCUGGUUUCCCUGAGCAUCUCGGCUUGGAGUCUCAAGGCACGUUUCGCGCUGAAACACCAUGGCAUCAAGUACCGCACCACUCCCUACACGCCCCUCGCUGGGGAGCUCUGGUUGCGGCUGCGGCUGUGUGAGUGGCGGCGCAAGCUCACCGUCCCCGUCAUGUUCACCCCCCAAGGCGGCGUGCUGAUGCAAUCGUACGACAUCGCUCGUUGGGCGGACGAGCACAGCGCUCGGCCCGGCGCGGAGAAGCUAUUUCCGGAGGGUCGGGAGGAGGAGGUCAGCAGUUGGAACGCCAAGAGCGACACGGUGCUGUUCUUCGGUCGGCAGGCGCUGGUACGGCAGCUCAAGGUGGACCCGUCCCCUGCCGUACCCCCCGGUCUGACCUGGCUUGGACCCGUGGGUCGGUCGCUGGUGCGGCUGAUCGCCGGGCGCCUGGGCAGCAAAUACCGGGCGGAGGGCGACACCACGUCGCUGGAGAAGGCUCUAGCUGUGUUGCGUGAGGCCCAGGCGGCGCUGCGGACAGCGCCCACGGCUCCCCCCGCCACCUCCCCCACCUCCCCCACCUCCCCCUCCGGUCCCUCCCCUGCUGGCCCGCUGCGCCACCUGGUGGCGGGCCGCCUGACGUACGCGGACAUCGCCAUUGCGGUGGCGACCAUGACGUUGAAGCCGCUGGGCCCUCCCUUCAGCAACACCCCCCGGGGGGCGGUGCGGGAGCUGCAGCCCCACUUGUCUGAGUUUGCUGACCUGCUCGCCUGGCGGGACGCCCUCUUCGCCGCGCACUACCCUACCACCACCACUUCCUCCUCCUCCUCCGCUGCUGCCUAGACCGCUGCCUGGGGUGCGAGCGUUGCAUACAACAACCGAAGCUCUCGCGCAGUAGGGAUUGUGGUUCGGUGCCGUACAAUACGGUGCAGCACGGUGUACGACAAAGGCUGCGCGAUCCAUUCUCGAGAGCAUUUACAUGAGCAUGUAUUGGUUUUACAGUUAGGUCAGCUAGACAGCAAUAUAUACACCGUACAUGUACAAGUCGCUUCGCAUCUGGGAAUAUGCCGGGAUGUGUUUAUUGGCGUGGCCUGGAGGGCCGCUUGCAGACUGUUGCCGCUUUGAUGGAUUCCUGCGACCCAUGGGUCAUUUAUUCAUGUUUCCUGACACUUUACUACUGCCGUAUUCCGACACAUUGCUGGACGUGAGUUUGCGCUGAGUCUCGAGUCAUUUGGUCUCGAAUCACGAACCCUGGUUGCAUGCGCGCUGUCAUAUAGUCCCUGCUUGGCGGCCCCACUUAGAUGCUGACAGGAUGCAGUGCCGCUUUUGACGUACAGUGCACGAAGGCCGGUGCCGUGUGUGUUGUUAGUGGAGGAAGCGUUGCCGUACAUACGGCAUCAGAUUCGCCGGGUGGUUGGAACCCAGUGCGCCUGUCGUCUACGGCACUGCCGGGGGCUGUACGUCUAUACCCUGUUAACACCCUCAGCACCAAGGCCUCCUAGGCUGCCGGUGUCUUGGCGUGGGCUCAAGAGCAUAUGCCGCCGGUGUCUUGAUUGGCAUGCGAUGAGAACCUGCCAUACCGGGCUUCCGUAAUCAUGUAAAACGAGGUAUCAACUCCUGUAAACGCCUUUUACACG